UUACUUUGCCGUCCGUUUCCUCAAGCUGAUCAUAGUGAAGAUGUACAUAACGCACGUGGCGGGCUGCUUCUUCUACUACCUCGCCACCACCAUGCCGCAGCAAGACCAGGGCUUCAUGCCUUUGAGGGCCUCUAACGAAGCUGCUUCUUCUCACCGCCUUGCCUCGCCUCUCCCACUUUCCGUCUCCUUGCUCCCUGCUGCACCCCCACCCACCAGGUUACAGCGUGACAUCCGGCUGAGCUACUUUGCUGUCCGUUUCCUCAAAUUAAUCAUCGUGGAGAUGUACAUCACACAUGUCGCGGGCUGCUUCUUCUACUACCUCGCCACCACCAUGCCGCCGCAAGACCAGGGCUACACCUGGAUCGGCUCCCUCACCCUCGGCGACUUCUCCUACGAGAAUUUCCGCGAAGUUGACCUGUUCACGAGAUACGUGACGGCGCUGUACUGGUCCGUGGUGACCAUGGCGACCAUCGGCUAUGGGGAUAUUCAUCCGGUGAAUCCGAGGGAGAUGAUCUUUGCCAUGUUCUACAUCACAGUCGACCUCAUCCUCUCAGCUUAUCUCAUCGGAAACAUCACCGCACUGGUGGUGAAAGGCAGCAACACUACUAAGUACAGGGAGCGCAUGGCGCAGGUCAUCAAGUACAUGAACCGCAACCGCAUUCCCAGGGUGUUGCGACACCAGAUGCGUCAGCACGUGCGCCUGCAGUUUGAAACGGAUCAAGUGGAGGACAACAUUCUGAACGACUUCCCUGUGAGCAUCCGCCACAAGGUGGCACGGGCUUUAUACAGGCGGCUGGUGGAGCAGAGCUACAUCUUCCAAGGCUGCUCGCCUGAAUUUAUUAACCAGAUUGUGACCAAGGUAACACCAGAGCACUACUUCCCCUCGGAGGUGGUGCUUCAGCACAGAGACUCCCCCGAGCGACUCUACAUCAUCUGUGCGGGCAGUGUGGAGGAGACCUCCCCGUCCUCCUCUGCCGACGGCGGCAGACGCUUUUCAGAGCUCGGCACAGGCUCGAUGUUUGGCGAGGUCGCAGUGCUGUGCAACAUUCCUCAGCCCUUUGACGUGUCGGUCAUCGAGUUCUGCCAGGUGCUUCGGCUGGAGCGGGACGAUUUGAACACGGCUAUUGCCACGUUCAUGGUGGAUGGAAGGAAGAUUGUCGACAACCUGCUGGAGCGCACAACGGAAACAGGCAGCAAGUACGCAUUACUGGCGUCCGAGAUCACAUCGCUGAUCGCCCAGCAGGAGGCAGAGCUCACGAUGACGACCAUCUAUGCGGCUUCGCGGGGGGACGUAGAGCACCUGAAGAAGCUGAUCAAGGCUGGGGCGAAUGCCAGCAAGGCGGAUUACGAUGGGCGCACACCAUUGCACCUGGCAGCGGCGGGUGGUUAUGACGAGGUGGUGCGUUUCCUACUCCUUGAAGGCGCGGAUGUGAACAGUCUCGACAACUUCGGCACCACGCCGCUGCUGGAGGCACUGCGGGCGGGCAAUGACUCGACUGCUAAGAUACUGACAGACAAGCAUGGCACGGUCAACCUUCAGGAAGCAGGCACGGACCUGUGCAAUGCGGUGAUGAGGGGUGACACGGGGUUAUUAAGGCGACUGCUGGUCAACGGAGUCAACCCCAAUGCAGCCGACUACGACCUCCGCACGCCCCUCCACAUCGCAUCCGCCGAGGGAUUCGUCCAGGUGGCGCGCCUGCUGGUGGAGCACGGCGCCGACGUGGCAGCGUUGGAUAGGUGGGGCAACUCGCCGCUGGAUGAGGCGCGCCGAUGUGGCAGCCUGCCAUUGAUCCACCUGUUGGAGGAGGCCAUGCGGGAACGGGGGCUUGUGAUUGGUGGGGGAUCGAUUGAGGAUGCACAGCUUCCCUCCACCCGUCCUCCUCCCAUCCCCAACUCCCACUCCCUCACACACUCCCAACCCUCCCCCCUCCUCUGCCCUGCUGACGCGGACUGGGACCGAAUCACCGAGGACGGCUCGGCAACUCCCCGGAUCGCCAUGUCAGGCUCGGCAACGCCGCUUUUGAGUGGGCCCGGCACGCCCCAGAGGAGAGGUCCGGGAACGUCGCCUGGGAGGGCGCAAUGGAGGCCUCCGGCUGGAGGUGGUGGGGUGAGGAGGACAGGGGGGAGGGCUGGAGGGAUGGGGUAUGGCGGCGGCGCUGGUGCUGCUGGUUCGGCUGGUGGUGCUGGCAUGGGGAGGCUGGUUCCUUUGGGGCCCAAGAGAAUCACCGUGUUCCCCUUUCCCCCAUGGGAGCUAAAGCCUCAGAGAGUUGGGCAGCUUAUGCCGCUCCCUCCAUCCAUCCCUGAUCUCCUAUCAACUGCUUCCAGCAUUUUUGGCGCGUCUUUUGUUGCGCGUCCGGUCCCUCCGCGACCGAAGCCUCAGCUACCAACAGAUCCCGCUCGUUUGAACGACUCUCAGGCUUCCCCCACGCUCGAUAGUAGCACAUCAGCUGCUGGAACGCUCUCACGGGAAGGAGACGGUUCCUUCCAGCCGCAAGCUGACGUUCCGCUUCUCCCCGGGGGGAACAAGCUCCCGUUUUCCUCCCGCAUUCCCCCGCCGCCGCUUCCGCGGAGACCCGCCGCGACGCACCGUCUCCGCCGGCUGCGGAAGCGAACGGCCAACGGCACGUUCUACCUGUCGGACGAGCUCGCGGAUAUCACGGAGGUCUGGUCGUCGUCGAUCCUCCUCCGUCCGCCGGCCGAAUCCAACGGCGGAGAUGCGCCGUCUGGAAACUCCCCUUUAUCUCCUCCUCCUCCUGGGUCCGGCAAUAUCGAGGCGCCUACUUCAUCAGGGGAAGAAGAGUCAGGAGAAGAUUCGGUGGCAUCCGAAAGCGGCUCGGGCGUAGCGACGUCGAGUGUGGUGUCAGAACUCGCGGCGCGAGUGGCGCGCGAGCCGGUAGAGACUGUCGAAAGCCUUGACCUGUCGCGAGUGCUUGAAACGGAAGUGGGACCGAACGGGGUUUUAACGGAAGGGGUGGCGUCGGCGGUGCUGGUAGAUUUAAGCCGCGCGGGCAAGAGCCGGCAUGCUCUGAAGCUUUUCGACUGGCUGAAGGCCCGGGCGUUUCUCCUGUCCACGUCAGCACACACCGCGCUGAUCGCCGCAUUGGCGCGCAGCGGCCCGUACGCUGACGCGGCGCGUGUGCUGGCAGGCAUGCGCGCCGCGGGAUUGGCUCCCACCGUGCACGCGUGUACCGCGGCCAUGCAGGCCCAAUCACGCGGCGGCAGGUGGCGGGCGGCGCUGCUGCUAUUGGAGGAGAUGCGGGGCAUGGGGCUGAAACCGGAUACCAUGGCUUAUAACGCGGUUCUCACUGCAUGUGGAAGGGCUGGUCGCGUGCAGGAGGUGCUAGCGGUGUACCAGGCCAUGCAGGACGACGAAUGUCGCCCGUCCACCGGCACGCGCGCACUGCUCAUGAGCACGUUCGUCCGCGCCGACCGCUGCGACCUGGCGCUGCAGCUCUUCUUUGACGCCAGGCUGGCAGGCCAGCCUGUCACGCCCGACAUGCACAGAGGGUUGAUUUGUGUUGCUUCAAAGCGCUUCUUUGACGCGCUGCUGGCAGGCCAGCCUGUCACCCCCGACAUGUGCAGAGGGUUGAUCUGUGUCGCUUCCAAGAGCCAACCACUGCAACUUGGCGCUGCAGCUACUCUUCGAUGCCAGGCUGCCAGCCAGCCCGUCACCCCAGACAUGCACAGGGGGCUGAUUUGUGUUGCUUCCAAGGUGGGUUGCUGGCCCCUCACUCUCGACCAGCUAGACGAUUUCCUUGCCACGUUCGAUCCCUGUUGGCUCACCACCAGUACCUCUCCUCGCCCUCCCCCUCUUCCACAUUGGCAUCUCGCUCUCGACCUCUUGGACGAUCUCCUUGCCGUGUCCGAUCGAUGUGGGCUCACUACCUUCCAACAGCCCUUCCUCACCUGCCCUUGCUCCCCUUACCCCUCGCCUUACCCCUCACUACCAGGUGGGUCGCUGGCCUCUCGCUCUCGACCUGCUAGACGAUCUCCUUGCCACGUGGACAGACCCGGGGGUCACGGGCAGGACGAGGGGCCUGCUGCUGCUGCGGCUGCUGCUGCUGCUGGCGGGGGCAGACCCAGAUCGUCCGAUGCUGGGAGUGGGGAGCGGUGGGAGAAGGGGAGUGCGUGGGGCGAGGUGCUUGGUGCCCCCAACUCCGCUUUGCCCUUCAAUGCCCUUAUUUCCUCGCUCGCCCGCGCAGGUCAGUGGCAGUUGGCUCUUUCAGUCUUCUCCCAAAUGAAAACCCUCGGGAUUCGCCCAGACCACUUCACGUGGUCCGGGCUAGCUUCGGCGCUGGCUCGGGCGGGCGAAUUCGACCGAGCCAUGGCUCUAUUCGAGCACAUGGGGGAGAGGGAGGGGCUGCAACCAACACUGGUGGUGUGUAAUUGCGCGCUGCUGGCGUGUCAGCACAAGGCCAAGUGGCAGAGGGCGCUGCAAUUGCUGUGGCGCAUGGAGAGGAUGGGCGUACAAGCAGACGUGAGGAGCUACAGCAUGGUCAUUCGGACUUGUGAACUCGCAGGUGGGUGGUUGAGUGCUCUCUCACAUGGCUGUGCGCUGCUGGCGUGUCAGCACAAGGCCAAGUGGCAGAGAGCGCUACAGCUGCUGUGGCGGAUGGAGAGAAUGGGCGUGCAGGCGGAUGUGUGGAGCUACAGCAUGGUCAUCCUCUGUCUCUCCAGGCCUGUCAGAUGCUGCCCUGACGGAUGCUGCCUAUCAAAGGAUGCUCAGUGCAGGUUGCAAGCCCAAUACCUUCACUCUUGCAUCACCCAACCCCGUGCUCUCUUCUGCUGCUUCCCCCACCUGGGUUUCCACGUAUCCUCCCCUCUCCAGGCCAAUCCGAGGCAGCCCUGA